GGAUGAUGAUGACGAAGAUGAAGACGACGAAGACGGCGAAGGUGAUGACGAGGACGAAGAUGAUGACGAUGAUGAUGAGGAAGACGACGAGGAAGAGGAAGAGGUAUUCUCACCGAAGAGCAGAAGAUGGAGGAAGGCAAGCGCAUGUUCUCCAUCUUUGCAGCGCGAAUGUUCGAGCAGCGAGUGCUCCAGGCUUAUCGAGAAAAGGUGGCACAGGAGAGGCAACUGCAGCUUCUACGCGAGCUCGAGGAUGAGGACAAACUGACGAAGGAGAAAGAGAUGAAGAAGCAGCGCGAGAAGGAAAAGAAGAAGGACAAGAAGCGACAGCAGAAACAGGCUAAAGAGUCGGAAAAGGCGCAGAAAGCUGCUUCGAAAGCUGCGGAGGAGGCGGAAGCCAAGGCUCGACAGUUGCAGCUGGAAAAUGAACAGCGCAAAAAGCGAGAGGAGGAACGGCUGAAGAGAGAGACUGCGAAGAAGGCGCAAGACGAGGAAAGGGCGAAGAAGGAGGAGGAAAGGAAGAGGAGGAUUGCUGAGGAGCGUGAGCGAGAUGAGAAGAAGAAGAAGGAAAAGGCUGAGAAGGAGAGACUAGAGCGUAAGGCUAAGGAAGAGAAAGAGAAAGCUGAACGAGAAAAGGUGAAAAAAGAAAGGGAAGAACGCGAGAAGGAAGAGCGAAUUGAGCGAGAGAAGAAGGCUGCGAAAGAGAAGGAAGAACGCGAAGCGAGGGAGAAGGAACUUAAGGAAAAGGAAGCCAAGGAGAAAGAGCGUUGGGCAGUAUUGGCGCAACAGCAACAACGCGUCAAGAAUGCACGUGCCAGUGCGCCUUCGACACCGCCCAGGAAUCCAUCGUCCUCAAGCCAGUCCCGAGGCAGUGUCAAUGGCGCCGCGUCCAAGAAGAUCCUCAACAAACCGUCUCUUGCGGCUAUGCCCAUCGCAUCUUCGUCUUCGAGCUCGUCCUCGAUCCCGCGAGCUCCCCGCCCAAUCCUCGCGCAACCGAUCCCUCAAUCGCAGCCAGUGAUGGCUCAAGUCCCGCAGAUCCCGCCUUCCCAGACGCCCAUCUACAUCCCGCCGCAAGCCAUGUCUCCACGCGUCCCCGCGUUCGUGCCUCCGUUUGGGUUCACGCCUCCACAGCCGCUCCAGCCGUCUCCAAUGCCGAGGAACUACCCUUCUGGUGCGUUCGAGACCCACAACCACACGCACUACGUCCCCCCGCCGCCGCCUCCACGACAACCGCCGCAGCCGAUUGGACCCCCGCCCAAGAGCCGCCGCACGUCGACGUCUGUGGAUGCUGCUGGCCCAGGACCGAUCACGCGGCCUGUGAUCGCGCCAAUCGCUCGCCCCGAAGGUGGCGGGAGUGGCUCGGGAUCCCCGAACAGACGAUCUCCGAGUCCCAAGGGCGUCGUGCUGGGGUCGUCGGCGUUGGCCGCGGACGACGAUGAGGUCGUCGUUGGUGGAGGUGGAAGACGAGGCGGAGCUAACCCGUCUUGGGGGACGAACGAGGUGACAAGGACACCUUGGGGUCCUCCGGUCCCGCCUGUGUCCGUACAUCCGCCGUACGGUAAUCGUAAUGGGCCUCCUUUAAACACUGGCGGGCUCUGGGCUUCGCCCUCACAGGAGUGGCAUCCUGCCACACCCUCGCCGGGCCAAGCUGGAUUCUUUGCGACCGCAUAUAACUCACCGCCUCCAUAAACUGUUUUGAUCCAUCAUCCAUUUACAUUUUAACUCACGUAGCGACAAGAAUACAUUAUCAAUA